AUGGCAGUACCACUCCCGCCUAAGUUCAAAGUCCCUCAGAUUGAUAUGUACGAUGGAUCUAGAGAUCAUAUGGAUCACUUGGAUAAUUUCAAAGCACACAUGACUCUCCACGACUUUCCAGGAGAAAUCACCUAUCGUGCCUUCCCACUAAACUUGAAAAGGAUUGCACGUGAUUGGUUUGGAACUCUACAGCCAGGGUCCAUCAAUAGCUUCGAAGAAUUGGCCAAGCAAUUCUUAACACAAUUCAUGGUGAGUAGACAAUGUUGCGGCUCUACAGCCUACCUUCUUACCAUUAAACAAAGAGAAGGAGAGAGCUUCAAAGCCUACUUGAUCCAAUUUAAAAAAGAGAGGUUGUCCACUGAAGAUCAAGAUGAAAAGAUCACACUUGAUGCUUUAUUGGGAGGUAUCUGGCCCCAAAGCUCAUUCAUAACCGAACUGGCUAGAAAAACCCCCUCAACUUUGAGGGAAUUUAUGAAUAAGGAUGACGACUAUGUCAAUGCGGAAGACACAUUACAGGCUCUAUUGGAGCCAAGGAAGCAGGAAGUGAAGUCCAAAUCCAAAAACUCAAAUAGAGACAAAAAAGAAAGUUAUUUCAAGUCAUCAGGGCGGAGAGCGUGA